AUGAAAAUCAACAACGUAUACGUCGAUGUGCUGUGCCUUGAAGUUUGGUUCAUGAUUCGUCUUUUCACUCGUGAUAAAGCUAUUUUCUAUGAGGGUUAUUAUGAGCAUAAAGGAGAUAAAAUUCUUAAGGGAACAAUGGCAGUUGGGUUUACUAUUGAUUCAAAAGGAAAGCUUUCGUGGCAUCAAUCUGAAUUGAGACAAGUUAUAGCUGCAGCUGUGGCAAGUGAUCCAACAGAAAAUUCUGAAGCAAUUCUUGGUAAGCCAAAUGAAGACUAUUGUGCUUGGAUUGUUGAUUCAGAGAAGGGGGGAGGUGGUAUUGAGCUUUCAAUAUUAGUUAAUUAUUAUGGGCGUGAAGGAGGAGGGGUAUUCUCUUAA